AUGCACGUAUAUAAACAGCUGGUUCCUCCGUCGGUUGUCAGCCAUGUGGUUUCAGGAUCUUUCACUGGCGGUGGUAGAAAUGAGUUGCUCGUUGUAAGAGGCAAUAGUUUGUUGCAAUUAUAUAAGACGAGUGUUGUUUCGACGAGUGACGAUGGUAGUUCUUGUAUAUCUGCUACGAUUGAUGCUAAUGGUGUGGGUAUUAAAGAGAAUGGCAAUGGCACUGAUUCACGUAUGAACGAGGAUGAAGAUCCUGAAUCGGCUGCUGAAGAGAAUAUGCUGACUGGUCCUGAUUCGUUUGUGACCGAGGUGGCUACUCUUCAGCCGGAGGGUGAGUCUGAUAAAUUAGAAAACAAGUCGAAACUGGUUUUGGUAGAAGAAUGGCCUUUAGACGGAUUCGUCACUGAUAUUAAUAAAGUACGGACUGUGGCAUCUUCAGAAUGUGAUGCUGUGGUAAUCAGUUUUAGGUAUGCCAAGAUGGUUAUUUUACAAUGGGAUAGUCUGUUACAUACUCUCACUCCCAUUAGUGUUCACUUUUACGAAAAGCAGCUGCCUUUUGGUACUGCUCCAGGCCAGAGAAGCGGUGGUGAUCGGGCUGAAAAUGAACAGAAUCAAAAAGGACCCGCUGGGUUGAGACCCGGAUUUACUUCACAAUCAUCUCGUGCUGCUAGUGCGAUUAUGGAUUCUGCUAGUUCUGUACUUCCUGAACACCAGGCUUACCAUUUUGUGGACCCUAAUUUCCCAUCGACGUUUAUUGUCGACCCGUUUUCGUCAUGUCUAUGUUUAUUAUAUCAAAAAGAUCAAAUGGCUUUUCUGCCGUUUACAAAAGAAGAAGAUUUAGACGAUUUUAGAAGUGCUAAUGGAAUCAAUGGGAAACACACUGGAUCAGAUGGAGCAGUGAUUCCUGGUGCUGCAGUUCCUGGAACCACGGCCAAUGGCCGCCUUUUAACGGCUGCUCAGUCGUCUUCUUCUGACUUUCCACCUAUUUAUUUCCCCAGUUUCCUGGUACAUGCUUCGAGAUUGGACGAAAAAAUCGCCAAUAUCAUUGACAUUGCAUUUCUUUAUGAAUAUAGAGAGCCUACUAUGGCUAUUAUCUACGAGCCAGUUGAAACGUGGGCUCCUACUGCUCCUUUGCACAAGGACACUGUACAGUACUUGGUAUUAUCUCUAGAUCUUCAGAACAGAUCUUCUACUGCUAUUAUUUCGAUUGAUAGUUUGCCAUAUGAUAUCGAUCAGGUUAUUCCCUUACCGGCUCCUGUUGGAGGAUCGCUUCUGGUCGGUGCUAACCACUUGAUUCAUAUCGACUCAUCUGGCAAAGUGACUGGUCUUGCUGUGAAUCAAUUUUCUAAACUUGUCACGAAGAUGAGUCAGGCCUUUUUCGAUCAGUCAGCUGAGCUUCAAGAUUUGACUUUAGAAGGAUGCACUGUUAUCGCCCUUGAGACGUCAACUGAUGUUUUAGUGGUGUUACAGAGUGGUGCAAAGUAUUCACUCAAGUUUUUCCUUGAGAGCAGAAAGGUGCAGGCUUUGAGAUUGAGGCCAGUAGUGAGUGAUGAGCCUGGCGUGGAGACUGCCGGCAUCACUCCAACUGCUGGUACAUCGUAUGAUAAAAAUCACAUUUUCAUUGCCAGUGCUACUGGUGACUCGACCUUGCUUACCUGGAAACACACUGAGAAGGACGAGGCAUAUGAGGAUGCUGUAGUUGCUACUACUGUUAGUAUGAGUGGAACUUCUGGAUCCACUGACAAGAAAUCUACACACUCUACCACCACUGCAGUUCCAGCAUCGAAUAAUGUAACUGCAUCGGUGGCUGUUGAGGAUGAUAUCGACGAUGACGACCUCUAUGCUGAAGAUAAUGAAGAUGAAAAAGAAGAGGGUGGUGACAGCGAACAGAAGGCUCAAGCGCCUGCUGCUGAGUCGACUGACAAACCAGCUACAAAAGACGAUGUUGAUGAGGAAAUGUAUGACGAUGAAUACGAUGAUAUUUACGGUGGUGGAGCCAGUCAGGCCACGAAACACAAGAAAGCAGUUCAGAUUUCUUCGUCAGCUCGUGCCAGUAGUAGUGCGCCCAUUCAUCUCUCCAUUGAUGAUACUCUUCGAACAUAUGGACCAAUAACUGAAAUUGUCGUUGGUCAGCCAACUACUGACAAAUACAUCAAAUACACAGAGCCUGCAGACUAUCUAUACGACCUCGUUGCAGCUACAGGAUCUGGUCCUACUGGUGGAUUAAGUGUAUUCCAGAAGACCAUUCGUCCUAAAAUCGUUAGCGAUCUGAAUCUUAACAGUGGUGAGACGCCUCUUAUUGGUGUUUGGGCCCUGGCACCUCGAAGCCGGGUGGUUGCUGAAGGUGUGGGAGUGACUGUGCUUGAUAGUUACGUGCUGGCUACCACAAACGACGCAUCUGUUCUGUAUCGAAUUGGUGAAGAGUUUGCCAAUAUCACAGACGAUACAGAAUUGGUACUUAGUCGAACAAUCGGUGCCAGUGUCUUGUUAAAUGGGCUUGUAGUUGUCCAAGUACGCGAGCAGGGGAUUUCAGCAUAUGACUCGACUUUUGCCCGUGUCGGCAGUUACAACAUUGAGAGCUCACCAAUUAUUAAAUGCUCCUUUUGUGAUCCAUAUAUCACACUUAUCACGGCGGAAGGUACAAAUGUCUUGCAGUUGAACCAAAAAGACCAAUCUGGCGCUGUCACAUUUGAACAGGUGGAACUUCAUUCCGAGCUUUUCUCGUCGAGUCUGAAAUCGGGAUAUGUAGGCACUUCGUCGUUAACAGGGAUCAAAUUCCAGACUAACUCGGGACCGACAAGAAAGAAGCGCAAGCGCGACAGUGAAUCGGUUUCGGGCAAAGACACAGGAAGUUCAACCUCACGGCAUCUGGCUGUGUUCGUUGACAAUAGUGAUGCUGUUAUUGUAAGUAAAAUCACUUAA